UUACCCGGGUCACCGGCAGUGAACAGCACAGCAAACAUGGCUACCUCCGUGAGGAAAGCAGCUCACGAUAUCGAAGCGCGAAAACGGACCGAAGACGUGAUUCUGUCGGAGGGGAUCGACUUCGGCUCCUUGCUGCUGUCUCAGCCCGUGUUGGACGGACUGUCCGCCGCGGGAUUUCAGAAGCCGUCUCCGAUCCAGCUCAAGGCGAUCCCGCUCGGCCGCUGCGGACUCGAUUUGAUUGUGCAGGCCAAGUCUGGGACAGGAAAGACAUGCGUGUUCUGCACCAUCGCCCUGGACUCUCUGGUCCUGGAGAAUCCUUCAACUCAGGUUCUCGUGCUGGCUCCGACACGUGAGAUAGCAGUGCAGAUCCACUCGGUGGUCAUGGCCAUAGGCUGUGCCAUGGAGGGCCUGGAGUGCCAUGUUUUCAUUGGCGGCAGGCCUGUGAGUCAGGACAAAACCCACCUGAAGAAGUGUCAUGUAGCCGUGGGCUCACCUGGUCGCAUCAAGCAGCUUAUCGAGUUGGGCAUGUUGUCAACGGCCAGCAUCAGACUGUUUGUUCUGGACGAGGCAGACAAGCUGCUGGAGGAGGGCAGCUUCCAGGAACAGAUAAACUGGAUCUUCUCCUCGCUGCCUGUGAACAAACAGAUGCUCGCACUCUCCGCCACCUACCCAGAAUCCCUUGCUCAGCACCUCACCCGCUACAUGAGAGAGCCCACCUUUGUACGGCUAAAUCCAAGUGAUAUGGGCCUGAAAGGUCUGAAGCAGUAUUACAAGCUGGUUCAGUCCCAUCCGUUACCUCACAAGGUUUUUGAGGAGAAGGUGCAGCACUUGCUAGAGCUGUUUAGUAAAAUCCCCUUCAACCAAGCGCUGGUGUUUUCAAACCUACACACACGGGCUCAGCACCUGGCAGACAUCCUGUCCUCCAAAGGUCUGCCUGCUGUUUGCAUCUCUGGUGGUCUGAGUCAGGACCAGAGACUGGAGGCAAUGUCAAAACUGAAGCAGUACCAGUGCAGGGUGCUCAUCUCCACUGACCUGACUUCAAGAGGUAUAGAUGCAGAGAAGGUCAACUUGGUGAUAAACCUGGAUGUGCCGCAGGAUUGGGAAACUUACAUGCACAGAAUUGGACGAGCUGGACGUUUUGGCACUCAGGGACUGGCUGUGACCUACUGUUGCCAUGGCGAGGAGGAGAACAAGAUGAUGGCCAUCGCUCAGAAGUGUGGCCUUAGUUUGUCUGCGCUGCCAUCCACGAUAGAGCCCAGGUUGAUGGAUGAGCCGUGCGACUGGGAUGUCUGCACUGAAGCGUCCACUCCAGACCCGGUAUCCCGGCUGUUUCCCAGAGCAGAGAAGAAAAGACGUGCAAAGCCUGACGUCUCUGUGUCUGAUUGCAUUGAGGAUCGAGCUGUGGAGCCCGGCAGUCAAAGAAAGCCAGAGAAGAAGCAUCCAACGCCCAGGCGAGAGGCAGUCUGUGAAGAGGAUGCUAGAAAGAUAUCUUCCACAGAGGAUACUCUGCCUGCUCAGGUGACACAGACUCGAAAAGAGCUCCAAGACAGUCUGCCGAAGAUCCCUCCUCUCAGCUCGUUUAAGCACUGCAGGUCAAAGUUUGUGACCUUUGAGGAGGCCGAGUGGGACUUCCAGGACUUCAUCACUACAGGUCCGGGGAGAUCGGUGGAGAUCAUCAGAGAGUUCAGAGGCAGAGAGGAUGGUGAACCCAGCGAUCAGAAUGGGCAUAAGGAGUAUCUUACACUUGAUGAUGAUGGAGCGCAAAUGUUUACACAAAAUGUCGAACAGCUUAAAUCUAACUUUUCACCUCCAAGGUCCAUCUCUGGUUCUUCCAGUUCUGAAUCUGACAUGGAAGAUGAUGCGACACUGGAAAGUUCAAAUGAGACCACAGGAGCUGAGAACAGAGCUGUCACUAAGCCUCAGAUUGCAAUGACACAUCCACCUUCUCCACCCACACAACAAGCAAGCCCCACCAAACCCAAGGCUUAUACUCCUCCUCCACUCAGAAACUCUGACCAGACACUGUGUGCAACACGUGGGAGAGCUGUGCCUCCUCCCAAUAGCCGGGAAUCUGCAUUGAGCAUUAAAUCAGGCAGGCGAACCAAUCAGACAGCUCCGGCCCCAGCACGCCGAGAAGAAUCAAAAAAGAUGAAAAAAGAGACUGAAAAACAGAAAGAAAAGAUGGAAAGGGACCGGAAGAGGGAGAAGAAGGAAGACGGAGAUUGCACUGACAAAGAGGACGAGUGGUGUGCUGAAACGUACUGGAGAGCCUGCUACAGCGCCUGGAAUGAUUACUACGCCUCCGUGUCCCCGUUUCAAGAGCAAGGCUACCAAAGCUACUAUAAUGUAGCCUACAACUGGAUGGCAGCUUAUCGUAUGAACGCCGUCUACAUGGAAGAACUGAUGAGAAAAUGAGUUGUGGAUACCGUGACCAGGCUUUUUUUUUUUUUUUUAAAUCAUCCUGUUUUCCAAACAUAAAGUGUCUUUACUGCGCCACUUGAUUCAUAUUUGCACUUUGGCUAGUAUACGUUUUUUUCCCCCAUAACAUGUUGGUGUCAUAAAUACUUUUCUAAUAAAUUACACACGUUUUGUUUUUUCCCAGUCAAGUUGUGAUGUAAAAAGUAAAUUUCAAGUGCAGUACUGUGUUGGCCUCUGUGCGUCUCUCCUGACGGUAUGCCCUCUUAGACUCACUGCAGUAUUCUGCUCUAAAAUGGAUUUGAAGAGGAUUACCUGAUAGUUCUUGACUACAUUAAAAACCAUUUCAAAGAUGAUCUUUAGUCCCUGGAGUAAAAGCAUGUUAGACCCACCCAGGUCCCAAUCAUCUGCAUUUAACUGUAAUCAUCUUAAUCUAGCAUGUGUGUUCUUCAUAUUGGAAGGUGAUUUAAUCUUCCAAACGCUGUCGGAGUGAGUAAGUGUGCAUGUGCAGCUGCUUUAUUCUGUUUAAACGGGUCCUCAUGAAGAUUAUAUUUUGUUUGUCGGCACCAGUGCUGGCUGUAAUUACUGUUGCCAUGGUGCCUGGUUUGUAUGACUUGUAGAGAGUCUUGAGCCAUCCCUCAUUUCUUUACAUCUUGCUAGAAAAACUGGAAAUAUGUGCAGUGGUGGAUAGAAAUAUAAAUGCAAAUGCAGCAUGUAAGGCAUAAAACAUAUUUUGUACAAUUCUGUGAAGCUGGAAAGUUAAUAUUUGGUGUGACCACCUUUAAUUUUCAACACAGAAUGAACUCUCUUAAGCAAGCCUUCUUGUAAUUUCUUUGAGUACUCUUCAGGAAAAGUUCUCCAGGCUUCUUGAAGGACAUUCAAAACUCUUCUUUGGUUGCUGGCUGUCCUUCGCUUUGUUCUCUGUUAAACACACCAGGUCAGUAAUGUUGAGGUCCGGGCGGUGGGGAGGCCAAUCCAUGACUGAUGGUGCUCCAUUGUGUGUGUGUGUGUGUGGUUCCCCCCCCAAAGAUGUUCAGUGUGGUUCUUGUGUAAUCUGGCAUACCUUUGUCUUCUCAUUUUCCUUCUUGGCUUUUUGGUGUGAAAUAGUAGCUUGAAAAUAUAAUUUUUAUGGGCAUUUAAUUAUUAAACUCUGGCAUAGUGA